GGUCUCGAAGUUUGGAGGCCCACACGCCCAGAGUAUCCCCUCACAAUGAGCGGCCCAAUGCGCGCCAUCCACUCGCUCGCCGCGCCACCGGGUCCAACGCCGGCGAGGCCACCUCUCCGCCGCGGUGCGGCGGCGGCGGCGGCCUCUCCCCUCCGGAGGUCCUCGGACCCGCAACCGUCGCCGCCUACGCCUCCGGGCCUCGCCUCCCGCCGCGCCGCGCUCCUCGCCCUCGUCCUGGCCGCGGCGCCGGCGCGCCCCGCCCCCGCCGCAGCCGCCUUCUCCCUCGGCAUCCCUGGGCCGAAGGAGCUGUUGCGGGAGCAGAAGAAGAAGUCGGCGUCCUUCCUCCUCGCGCCCAUCGCCGCCUCCCGCGACACCCUCCUCAAAGCUCAAGCUCUCCUCGCUUCCCCAAACGCGUCUGCCGAGGACGCCGAGGAGGUGAGGGGGCGGAUCGGUGCGGCGGGGAGGGACUGCGUUCCGCGGCAGAGGAACUCGAUCGUCGCGUUCCAGUCGAAGACGGGCGUUGAGGUCUGCACGUUCAGUUUGAUACUGAAGAAUGCCGCGUCGCUGCUCGCCAAAAAGGAUCCUCUCAAGGUUGAAGCUGAUACUAGGCUUGGGGAGCUCAUACAGUCAUUCUCGGACCUGGGAGCUGUGGUGGAGAACAGUAAUUUUGAGCUCACUGGUGACAGAGAGAAGAUGAAGGAUGGCUUGCUGAGCACUAUCUCUGCCCUUGACAAGUUUGAACAGAGUGUUAAAGACUGUCUAGAUGAAAAAAGUACUCCAACUAUUCCAAGUAGUGAUCCAGUGGACACAUGAUCUGGUCAUCUGGUGAGGCUGAGGCUUCCACAAAAUACAAUCUGCAGCAUGGUGUGCCAUCCUCCGGAUUUUUUUCCAUUGAUCUUGGCAGUCUCCUCAGUUUAUCAAAUAGGUUCUCUGGGUGACUUAGCAGCCCAAAAUGUGCCUGCGGAUCUCCAAUUUGUGUCAGUGUUACCUUAGAGAACCCAAUUGAAGGCAGCAGGAGGUCAGGGCUGUCAUGGUAGAAAUGGUACAUUGUCGGGGAGAUCGAUGUCGCAUUCUUGUUCAUGAAGUCGGCCAGGAGCACUGCGCAGGCUGAGAACCGGCUGGCUGCAAUGGUUUCAAGGACUUGCAUUGCAUCUGCAUUGUGAAGGUAAUAGAUGAUGCCUUCGAGCACCCAUAUGGUGUUCCUCUCAGGAACAUACCCAUAGCUCUGCAGCUUUGUUACCCAGUCUCCAUCUUGUAUGUUGGCAGGAACCCUAAUCAAUGAUUUUGCCAUCAGGGUGAGUUUCUGGUGAUUUGCGGAACUCAUUGCUUCGUGCAGAAGAUCAGAUUUCAUUUCUAGGAGCUCCGGGAAAUCAAGUUCAAAUACCGUGCAUUCCUUUAGGCAGUUCAGUCGAUAGGCUCUCGCAUCCAUCCCUGAAAGAGAGAGAGAGAGAGAGAGAGAGAGAGAGAGAGAGAGAGAGAGAGAGAGAGAGAGAGCAUAGAUUGAUGAUCAGAAUGAGCCCUUCUUUUUUGAGGUGAACCUAUCUGCAACUGAAGAUGCUUGUUGUGAAACAAAUUUCAACUCAACCUGCUUCAUCUACCGCAAAAUGUGGCAUUCUUGCUUCAUCAAUUUUGUACUACAUUUGUUCGAAAACGGUAGAAGUUCGAAUGUAUGGUUCACCGGAACUUUUGAGCCUAGAGGUUUCAGUGACAGCGUUACAUCCAAAUGAAAUUCCUAUAAUGUAUUUCUACAGCUCAGUUAUUUCAUCGUUUUAAGUGAGGGUAUGUCUUGUUCUACCUGUUCUGUUCAAUUCCAGAGAAGACAUGAGAUUGUUCAAGGAUAGCAUUAACAGAUAAGAAGGUUUGACAUGUUCUCAAUUGUUCGUGUACCCUAAGUUUGCUUCUGGGUUGCAAUAGCUCCAUACGAACCCACGAAUAUCAAGUGAAAUUAAUCUGUUUCUGAAGCCUUCUGGUAUGUGUAGUGUUGGGACCCCUAGCUGCAUGCCAAAAGUUUUUUUGUAGGAUACAAGCCAAAAGUUUCCUAGCAUACAUCAUGCUAACUGCCAACUGAUGAGACCAGCUGAAGGGAUCUGAGAGUAUCGCAGUAGACACCGGUAUCAUCAAGGACACAAAUAUCAGGGUGUUGAGCGUGAUUUGGUCUAUCUGCAGUCUGGACAAAAUAGCUACUGGGCAUGCUUGCAUCAAAAUGCUGCGGCCAGGAUAAGCUUUCUUCUUGCUGUAAGCCUGUAACGUGGCCAGGUGUCUUCAUUACGAGCCACAAAUGUUUUCUUUUGUUUUUUUAUGUACACGUUAACGUUAGAUGAUCCUCUCCUGUAGUACUGCCUGUGUGUACUGUGUACUGUAUACGAUACAACUACAUGUUUUUCUUCAAA